AUGAGAGAAAUUGUUCAUUUACAAACCGGCCAAUGUGGCAAUCAAAUAGGUGCUAAAUUUUGGGAAGUCAUCUCAGAUGAACAUGGUAUAGACUACUCUGGUGCCUACCAAGGUGACUCUGACCUUCAACUUGAAAGGAUAUCUGUUUAUUAUAAUGAAGCAGCAGGUGGAAAAUACGUACCACGUGCCGUGCUUGUAGACCUUGAACCUGGUACUAUGGACUCAGUUCGUGCUGGUCCUUUUGGACAACUUUUCCGUCCAGACAACUUUGUAUUUGGUCAAAGUGGAGCUGGUAACAACUGGGCCAAAGGUCAUUAUACUGAAGGUGCCGAACUUGUAGACUCUGUAUUAGAUGUUGUUCGUAAAGAAGCAGAAUCUUGUGACUGUUUACAAGGUUUUCAAAUAACUCACUCUCUUGGUGGUGGUACUGGUGCUGGUAUGGGUACUUUACUUAUCUCAAAAAUCCGUGAAGAAUAUCCCGAUCGUAUGAUGUGUACUUUCUCUGUUGUUCCCUCACCAAAGGUAUCAGAUACAGUCGUAGAACCAUAUAAUGCUACUCUUUCAGUACAUCAAUUGGUAGAAAAUUCCGAUGAAACUUUCUGUAUCGAUAAUGAAGCUUUAUAUGAUAUUUGCUUCCGUACAUUGAAAUUAAGUACUCCAACUUAUGGUGAUCUCAAUCAUUUGGUAUCUGCUGUAAUGAGCGGUAUUACUACAUGUUUAAGAUUCCCCGGUCAAUUAAAUGCAGAUUUAAGAAAAUUAGCUGUAAACAUGGUACCAUUCCCACGUCUUCAUUUCUUUAUGGUUGGUUUUGCACCAUUGACCUCUAGAGGAUCACAAGGAUACCGUGCAUUGACCGUUCCAGAAUUGACUCAACAAAUGUUCGAUGCCAAAAACAUGAUGGCAGCCUCAGAUCCAAGACAUGGUCGUUAUUUGACUGUAGCUGCUAUGUUCAGAGGACGUUGCUCAAUGAAAGAAGUAGACGAUCAAAUGUUACUUGUUCAAACAAAGAACAGUUCAUACUUUGUCGAAUGGAUUCCAAACAACGUCAAAACCGCUGUAUGUGAUAUUCCACCAAAAGGUCUUAAAAUGUCAGUCACCUUUAUCGGUAACUCCACAUCCAUUCAAGAAUUAUUCAAACGUAUCAGCGAUCAAUUCACUGCUAUGUUUAGACGUAAGGCUUUCUUACAUUGGUAUACUGGUGAGGGUAUGGAUGAAAUGGAAUUCACUGAAGCUGAAUCUAAUAUGAACGAUUUAGUAUCAGAAUCCUCAAAUGAAAAAAAAUGGUUGGACAAAGCAAUUAAACAGAAAAGAAUUAAUCUUAAAGAUUACAGUAUAUUUUCUGAUAUUACUUAUAUCAAUAAAGGUGCUUCGGGACAAAUUUAUAGAGCUAAAUGGAACAAUGUAUAUGUAGCAUUGAAAGAAAUUAAAGAUGACAGUGAUAUGAAACGAUUUGUUUACGAGUUUAGAUCACAUAAACGAGUUGAUUAUCACGACAAUAUUUUGAAUAUUCACGGGAUAACGAAAGAUCCCAACUCGGGCAAUUAUUUAUUGGUUUUGCAAUAUGCAAACCACGGGACGCUCCAAGAAUAUUUGUCUGCGAAUGCUGAUAAAUUGGAUUGGGAAAACAAACUACGUUUGGCAUAUCAGCUUGCUAGUGGUAUACAAACAUUGCACCAUGAAGGAAUAAUUCAUCGAGACUUGCAUCUUUAUCCGUACAAUAUAAGAGAAAAUAAGGUCGAUGGAACACCUGAGGAAUACUUUGACUUAUACACCAGAUGUUGGGAUGCAGAACCAGAUAAUCGACCUGAUAUCAAAUUUGUUGUUGAAUGUCUUGAAGAACUAAGGAAACAUUACACUGUACCAAAUUCUAAAAAGAAUUCUACGAAUGAACACUUACAAAAUGCUUCGAUAGAUCCUAACAAUUAUCUUGAUUUGCACGAACUUAUAAAUAGACGAGAUCUGCGUAUGAAACAAAUGAUGGGUGGCACUAGUAAGAAUGAUAAAUAUAUUAGUGACUAUAACAACAACGGCAGUAAUGACGUCACGGUUAAUUCUUAUAGUCAGCUUUACAAUUCUAAUAAUGACAAUGCUUACUAUAAUUCAUCUUUACAUUCUAUUACAAUGUUCAUCCCAUUAAGUCUCAAGUUUUACAAUAAACGUUCAAUUGCCGAAGAAUUGUUCAUUUUUAAUGAUCAUUUAAAAACAUUCUCGACCAAGCUUAAUAAAAUGGACGAAAUUCUUUUGAUCCUUCAAGUGUGUCAUCUAUUUCCACUAGAUCAUUAA